CGCCGGACCGCUUCAAGGCUCCACCCAUCCGCCCGUCCUCCGGCGUGCGCUGCUCGCCGCCGCCGUCCAUUUCUUUCCGAGACAAACUCAGAUUUGUUUAGGGCCUGUAAAAUGCUCGAGAGAGUUCUACUUCUAGGCUAUCAGUGCUUUGUUAGAUACAUCCUCAGACUCUUUUGACAAGUCUGAUGAUUUAGAAUCUCUCUCAAGGAGUUUAAAGGGGAGAAGCUCGAAAGCAUUCUGGUACAACUCGAGACCGCCUCUCGAGAUGGAGAAAAUGUCAAAACGAACAGCUCACGACCGCAUCAGUAACUUAGCGGAGCCCCUGCUGCAUCACAUCCUAUCCUUCUUAGAAAGGAAAGAUGUGGUGAAGACUAGUGCAUUGUCAAAAAGAUGGCGAUAUGUUUGGACCUCUGUUCCAACGCUCGAGUUUGUGUCUUAUUCGCUUUCUUUUAGAGAGCACGAGUAUGUGGCAUGGGUUUAUUGGAACCUUCUUCGUUACCAAAGUACUAAUGUGGAGACGUUGAGAAUCCAUUUCUUCUACAGAACUUGUUUUGCCAAAGAUGUUGAUACUUGGAUUUGGUUUGCCACAGAGAGAAAUGUGCGAGAUUUGGGGUUACGUUUGGGGAGCGGAGAAUACAGUUUGCCUCAAUCUCUGUAUUCCUACUCUUCGUUGACAAAUCUGAGUUUGUCUUCCUGCCAAGUGGCACCAAAAGGAGGCAUUGGUUGGGAGUCACUUAGAAGUUUAUCUCUGGAUGGGGUGAAGUUGGAUGAGGAUACUAUUGCAAAGUUGUUCCUUGGUUGUCCUCAGUUGGAGUUCUUGAACUUUCGAAACUUUAAUGGCAAAUUUCGUUUAGAUAUCAAAUCGGAUAGUUUGAGAGAAUUGGUGAUAGAAGAAGUUGAUUUGCCAAUGUCAACUGCAUUAGAAAUUUCAGCCCCUAAACUUCAAUAUUUGCAUAUUGUUGGUAUGUGGUUGGAACAAGUUCGGUUAACUGAUGUCCCGUCUCUUCUCAAAGCCAAACUCAAACUAAUUGCUGAAAAGCACGGCCUUAACUGCAUUAAGCUUCUGGAAAGCAUGCAUAACGUAACCAAACUUGAACUCGGACUUUGGGAUUUUCAGGCUAUACUGCUUUCAGAAGUGAAACCUUCCACACCAAUGUCCCCACCCUUUACGUGCCUGAAGAUAUCCGAUUUCAAUGCCGAAAGAGACAUAUUUGGCAUUAUAGCAUUGCUAAGAUGUUUACCAAACUUAGAGACUCUAAUUGUGAAUGAUGUUGAGCAAUCCUACUACUCACAUUCCCAUGAGAGUAUUUUCGUAUCGGGCAUUAAAGUUCCCCUACCGUGCCUAAAGACUGUCGAGUUCCAUGGGCUUAGGCGUCUGGAAGAGGUUGACAAGAACACCCUUAAGCUCACGGGACUGCUGCUUGACAAUGCCGAGCAUCUGGAGAGGGUUGUUAUUGACGUGGGAGGACGUCAGAUGGUCGUGGGGCCCACCCAUGCGUCAUUGCACGAGUGCGUGGUAGCAGAGGCGGCAGCUCCGGGGAGCAGUUUUGGCGGCGGCGGCGUGGCGGAAGCUCAAGAAAAGUUUAACUGCUUUGCCGGGAUUGGUUUCACGGUGGCGUUUUCGGCGGCCAUUUUCAUGAAUGUGGUGGCUCAUUGCUGCAUUUCUUGUCUAGCAGGUUUUUGCAGAAAUUGGAGUUGUGAAGGCAGAGAUGACACCAGUGAAGACAGAUACCAAAGGCGAUGGGUGGUUGGCUUACACUGGACCACACUGGUGCUGGUGGUGAUAGGAAGUGUUUUAAUUGGGGCGGGGGGAGUGCCAAAAUAUGCGAAAGAGCCAAACAUUUGCCUGCCUAAUAAUAAUAACAACAACACUACGACGACGGUUAUUUACGACGUCCCCCGGGAAACGCGCGUGUGUAGUGUGGCGUGGCUUCCGAUCGCCGGAGGGAUUACCGUCCUUAUACACGGCAUCGCCGGUUUAUUCUACGCUCUCUAUGCCCUUGGAAUAGCGACUCCGCCCGGCUCCAGCAGGCGAUAGUCUGAAUGGUUCUGAUCCCAU